CCGAAAAAUCGGGUGAAAAUUUUCACUCAGAACGUGAGGAACCGCCGCGGAGCGAGGCCAUGAGCCACCAGGAUGAGCAUGGACAUACCAGAGACCGUUUCCCUGCGCAAGUUCCGCGACUUCUCGGCGCGCCAGAAGCAGGAGCUGUACGAAACGCUCCUCGAGCUGGCCGAGUCCAUCGAGGAGCUGCCCAAGAAGUCGCUGCGGAAGACCCUCGAACUCACCCUGGCUGUUCUCGAGUACAAGGGCGAGCAGGUGCAGCGCCUCCAGGAGCAGACUGCCGGCGGAGGCGGAGGAACCUCUGACCGCCGCCUGCAGGACGAGAACGAGAAGCUGAAGCGAAUGCUGCAGAAGCUGGAGGACGAACGCGAUGGCCUGAAAACCAAGUCAAAGGAGUUAGGGGAGGAAAUCCGACAACUGGAACUGCGAUUAAGGGAGGCGGCCCAGCAGGCGGAGGCCAGUGACAAGGACUCCUCGGAUCCUUUGUCUGAACUGGACAAGCAGGAGCAACUACUGCAAAAUAUAGACUCCAAAAAUAAACACAUAAAGAGGCUACUGAAGGAAAUAGAGACUCUCCAAAAUCAAAACAUAGCUCAAUCAAAGACCAUCGUACUCCAUGAACGGGAACUGCAGAACAUCAAGGCCAAUCUUGUGCAGCUCAGCCAGGACAUCACCAAAGUGGAACAGGAGCGCAAGUGCCUGAAGCAAAAGGAGCAGCUGCAGGGUCUGGAAAUCGCCAGACUGGAGGGAAAUGUUACCUUCUUGGAGGUGGAACGCGAGAAACAGGAGCUGGAAAUGCGGCAGUUCCUGGACAAAUACGAGACCAAGGCCUUGGGUUGGAGGCAGGAGCUCGAGGAUCGGGAAAAGGAGGUGGAACGCCUCAGGAAACAACUGGAGGGAAAGAGCAUCAGCUCAGUUCAGACCACUUCAUCCAGCAGUCAAAGCCAACAGGAGGAGGAGCAUGUGAAACUAAGACAUCUGCUUGAAUGCCGAGAGCAGCAGAUUGAGAAGCUGGAGGCGAGGCUCAAGUCGAUGGCCGAGGAGAUGGUGACCUCCACGAAGGUGAUGAACCAGUUGUGCCUCGAAAAGGAGCGCUCCCAGGAUCCCGAGCAGCCGCGUGCCUGCUGCCAGAUGAUCGAGGAGCGGCUUCAGGUGGCCAACGCCCGGAGUCAGCAGCUCUCGGAAAUGCUGGAGGCCGCCGAGCAGGACAAUGUGCUGAAGUCCAAGCAGGCUCUGCACGCCCUGAGUGCUCUGGAGUGCUACAAACGAGGCGAGGAUGGUCUGAUUCCAGCUUUGAGACGCUGCUCGGGAUUGGAGCAAAAGCUGGCGGCACGCGAGAAGCAGCUGAGAACCUACAUCCAGGAGCUGAAUUCCCUGCACGAAGUUGUCCAGGAAAACGAGCUGCUGCGUCGGCGACUCAAAAUACCCGAUGAUGUGGUGAUCCUGGCCAAAAAUGUGCACUCCAAGCAGCGUAAUAAGGAUAAGCAGAUCGAGAGAUUGACCCUCAAAUUAAGGACUUCCGAGGAACUGCGUCUGCAACUGAAGUUGGACAAGAGUGAAUUGAGGCGCAAGCUUCUGGAGCUGCAACCGGAUCAGCCACAGGACUUGGAUGUAUCCCUGCAGCCUCCCAGUGAAGUUGGGGAAGUUCCGGCCAGUGCUCCCCUGGAGAAUUCCCCCAGACGUGGUCAAGGUGAUGGAGCCGCCAGUUCAGAGAUGCAAAAUCGCUACGAUGAAGUUCUGGCCGAGAACGAAACACUGCGCUCUGGGAUGUACGAAAUUCUGGAGAAGCUAAGGGAGUACGAUGCCACUUCAGAACACAUAACCAUUGAUUCAGAGCUGCUGCGCCGUCUAAUCGAAGCUCUUCCGAGUGGAACAGCCACUCCCCAACGACUUCAGGGUCAACUUCAAGAACUGAAAGCCAGAGAAGAGGCUCUUCGCCAACUUUUGCAGCAGCAAAACUACAGCGAAUCGGAAACGGGGGAACUGUCUUCCGUCCAGAGCCUCUGCGAUGUCCCUGAAAUGCCAGAUGAACAUCCGGAAGAUGUGAAUCCCAUUGUUAAUACUGCCACGAGACCAAGUUCUCCGACUGAAGCCACAGAGGGACUAAUGAGACCUGUGAUCCCUGAUCCCGAAACAGAACCUAAAUCUGAGGUAUUGGCGGAACUCUCCAUCCUUCGCAAACAUUAUGAGGAACUACGUCUUCACAUGUCCGCCGAUGGCAGUGAACUCUUGAACCAAAACCAACAGCUUCACGAUAAACUGAUCAGUUUGGAGUUGCAGCUGGAAAAGCAAGAAAAUUCCUAUAGUUAUAUGAGGAGGGAUUACGAUGAACUCCUGAGUCGAACAAGAAAACAAGAAGUAGCCUCUAUAGAGGAUAAGGCAGCCUUGGCCAGGCAAUUGGAGGAAAAGAAGAGUGAGUUACUCGACACUCAGAACCAAUUGGAGGAAGUCAAAAGGAGGAAUUUAUACACCGCCGAGGAGCAACAGAAAUUAGAGCAACGAAAUGCCAUUUUGAGCAUGCAACUUGCUCAGGCGGUUGAACAACUCUUAGGAGAGCUAAAACCCUCUGAAAUAUGUGCUGAAUAUGGCAUUAUUAAGGAUAAUUAUCAGCUGGAUUAUGUCACAGCAGAGGAGUUUGAGAACCAGAAACAGGAGUUGGUAAAUUGGAAAAGCAAACAGGCGGAGUUGCAGAGGGAAACCAAGAAUUUAGAGGGUCUACUCCAGAUUGCCAAUGGACAGAUCCACUCGCAGCAAAAGUUACUCAAUGAGAUUACAGACAACCAUAUUAAUCUGCGCCAUUUGGUUGCUGAUCUACAGAGUAGUUCCGAUGAAAAACUGAUGCUGGCUAAAGUGCAAAGGGAUUUGGAUAGUGCUAAAGCUGACUGCUCUCGCUUGGAAACAGAGCGAGAGCAACUGCAGCAAAAGGCGGACUCCUUGCAAACGCAACUCUUUGCCAGCGAAUUAUCCUUGAAACAGGCGCAACAGGACUUCCAAAAGGAGCGCACCAAUAGCGAUAUUAAGCACAAAUUCCUCCAGCAUUCGUUGUUUAUGCUCAAAGAUAAAUAUGCCAAAUUCACGCCACUGGUCUUCCUCACCAACUUUGUGUUCGCCUACCAGAAAUUCCAGCGUCGCCUGGAGGAGGAGCAAGUGCACCAGGGAACUGCUGAUCACACUGCCCUCGUUGAUGAAGUAACCGCGGUGGUUCAGGCCAAGAUGGGAUCCAAGGAGGAGAGUUCUCAGCAGCUGGUGAAGCUCAUCAAGUCGGAAACCCAAACGAGGCUCUUGGAGCAACGCUGUGAGAUCCUGCAGACCAAACAGGAGGAGCUCCUCCGGGAACUGAGUGAAUUGAGGCUGCGACAAGCCACCGAAACGGAGCAUUGGAGUACCAUUCAGGCUUUGUUCGGUGAGGGAGUUACUCCAACUCAAUCCCAAUCCCAAUCCAAGGUGGAUGCGGAAACCAAUACGGAUGCAGUGACUCCUAUCCCAGCCAUGAGAAGAGCUGCCCAGCUGAUAGACAGGCAAUCCUCGCCCAUUGGUUCACCUUUGAGAAAGCAUCCACCUUUGGAUACUGCGACUCAAACUCAGGAAGAUUCAGUUAAGCUUUCGGAGACGGCAGUCCAGACAAAUGGCAUUCUUGGCCAGCAAAAUCAAGCCGUUCAAACCGCAGACGCUGUGGAGGAAACCAAGAGAGAUUCCCACUUGGAAUUGCAGAAAAUGCAGGAAACACUUCAGGAAGCCAACCAACGCAUCGAGGUUCUUGGCAAACAAUUGGAGGCUUCCAGAUCGGAAAGCCGCGAAUCCGAGAGUCCUCACAGUGGAGUGGUGGAAAAGACCAUACUCUCUUUCCACACUCUGCUCCUGGAAAAGGAUCAGUCCAUACAAAAGUACCAGGACCUUCUGCAAACCGAAAGGGAUCAAAAUCAACAGGCUAUCAGCAAACAGGCGGCUGAAAAUGAAUCCCUAAGAGCCACAGUCAAUAACCUUAAUUUUAAUAUCAAGACCAAGGAUGCGGAGAUUCAGGAGCUCAAGGGGAAGUUGGAGCAGCAGCCACAGAAACCCAAGGCAGUUUUGGAGCGAACUCCAACCUCGGAUUCCACUUCCAGUUCAGAAAGUUCAGUCAAUGAACUUACGGAUGAGAAAAUCGAGGAGUUGUUUGAAAGUAGUUCCGUGGAAAGACCCCACGAAGAAGUGGAGGUUCAUGUGGCGGCGGAAAAUCCUGUGAUUGAAGAACCAGAAGGUGAGGAGGAGAAACAGGACACUGAGGAGCUUAAGGAACUGCCCACACUGCACAAACAAAUCAGGGAAUUAAAGGACAAACUGGAGUACAGCGAGAAGAACCUCAAAACAAGGGAAGAGGAAGUGGAGAUACUGAAAGAAAAGCUAAAACUCUGCCAGGAAAGGGAAAAGUCGGUGGAAAGCACUGUUAAUCCAGAGCUAGAUCAGUUACGCAUUUUCCUCGAUGAGAAGGAUAAGCACAUUAAGGAUCUGAUGGACACUCUAAAGAACUUCCAUGACGACCAGCAGCGCUAUAUCAAAGACACUUCCAAUUUCUCCGAGGAUCAGAUAGCCAAGUUGGCCGCCGAUCUCAACCGCACAGAAGCCACUAACAAGAUAUAUCACACCCAAAUGGAGGCACUGCGUCGCCAGCUGGCGAAUGUGACCCAACGGGAGAAACAAGCCAGAGAUCUGAGUCAAUCUCUUCGCCAGCAGUUGCUCAAACGUCCAGUGGUUUCCAUUAAAACAGAGCUAAAUGCGCGGGUCAAGAAUGAAAACCAGCAGAAGCGAAUCCAGCAGUUGGAGGCGGACUUGGACGAGGCACGUGGUCAACUGCAGAGGCAGCAGACCCUUUUGGAGGCCAAACGCACCAGGAGUGCCAAUGAGGUGCAGCUCUGGGAGAAGCAGAAGAGGUACCAACAGCAGGCGGAGAAAACGAAGGCGAGAUUGGAGGAAACCGAGUUGGCACUGGACAAGACCAGAUCUCUUCUCCAGGCAGCUCGCACCACAAUUGCGCGUUUGGAGAAGGAUAAGCAGAUAAUGGAGUCCAAGCUGGGCAGAAAUGGUCCCGCGAGCAAUGGCUCUGGAAAUACUCUCAAGUGCUGCCGCACUCCAUCCUGCCCGAAUCUCCAGCACGUGGGAGUGGGCAACAAGUUCACGCCCUCGCCCUCGGAAAGUCCGGAAACCUACACGGGUCCCAGUAGCGAGUGCAGUUCGCCGGCUCAUCGUUCCCAGCCGCCCAAUGGGCACUUCUUCGACCAGAGCCAGGUGGACCUCAUCGAGGCGCUCAAGUCCCGCAUCGAGCUGCAGCAGCGCAAGAUCAUCGCCAUGGAACUGGAGGGCAGGGGCAGCAAUGCCCUGACCACGGAGCUCGAGAAGAUGCAGGAGCGCUGCCAGGCGAUUGAAGCGCAGAACAUCCGACUGGAGGCCAGGAAUCUCCAGCUGCAGUUGGACUCGGAUCUUCUGAGGCAGGGCGACAGCAGUGAUCGACUGCAGAAGAGGAUCAAGCACCUGGAGGAUUAUAUCCUGGCCCUGAAAGAGGAGAUGGCCCGCAAUGAAUCCCGCAGAGAAUUGUGCAAGUGCAGUGGCCUAAAAGUGAACACCAAUCAGGGACAAUCUGCGGAGCAGACGAUCCUUUCGCUUCGGAAUCUUGUGGAGAAAUUGCGAUCGGAAAACAAGUUCCUCAAGGAUGGUCGACGUUCCACGGAGUCCAGGAGCUCUACGGAUUCCACUCCGCCGGAGGCGGCACGACUGCAGCAGCAGAAUGCAGAGGCAAUGGAAAAGAUUGCCGCACUGCAGCAGGAGCUGCAAAAGCGGACGAAAUGCAGCCAGUGCGGUGGUCGCAGUAAGGACGCGGCAAACGAAGAGCUUAAGUUCAUCAAGGAGCAGUUGGUGAAGAAGACGCAGCUUCUGCAGAAAGCAAAGGUCCUGUUGACUCGAGCAGCCGCAAAGGAAAAAGUGUUGAGGGAACAACUCGCCUUGUGGAAACGAAAAUGCUCCGAACUGCAAAAUGUGCCCGUGAUCGAUGAAAUUAGCGAAUAACGAAUUUUUUUAUAAUAAGAUAAAUGUUGUACAGCGAAUGAA